AUGCCUGGAGGCGUUUCUCUUCCUGCAUACCUCUCUGGCUCAUCUUCUUCACCUCCACGAUCUCCGCAUCCUGCUCCUCCAAGUGGAUUCUCUUCAUUCUUCGCUCCGAAUCCUUCGCAUACCUCGGGACCAUCAAGGCACCGAGUGUUUAGGCCAACGAGGAGAGAUAUCCUCUUGUGUCUAUUGACGCUUUUCUUAUCCUACUUGUUGUUUCAUCCUUCUGAUCACUCCCUUCCCCCUCGACGAAACUCCCGACCGAAACCCAGCGCCAGUGAUAUCUCAACGUCUGGAUCCUUGAAAACUGGUGAAGAUGGCAGGAUAGGCUUCGCGGAUCGAUUAUCCGGCGUCACGAAAUGGGGAUCGUUAUUCUCUGGUGGUGGAGGAUCUGGAUCUGGAGAAGCUUAUGAUCAUGAUGAUGAGUCGAGUCUUAGCUGCGCUGUUGGAUCUCUCGCGCACGAAAAGACUUUUGGAGAGAGCGUUCAAACUCAUGGAUUCAUCAAGGCCCCUGCAUUAGGUGACGGUGAUGCAGAGGAUGAGGGAGAAGACUCCUCAGAUGCCGUCGUUGCGGAUGGAGAUGGUGAAGAUGAUGAGAAUGAUACAUUAGAUGGGAGUGCGACUGUAUUGAAAGGAUUCCAACCCGGCUGGACAUUGGUGGACAAGCUGUAUCUGUAUAAUGGAAGCUUUUACGUCGUAACUGACGAUCGUGAACAAUGGCCCGAACUGCGCCUUAUGACGUCGACAGGUCUACCUGCCAAUGGAGACCCCGGGAAUGAGGAAGCUAGAGAACCGAAAGGGAACGAGAUCCUCUUCAUCACUCCUGCUCAUGCUGCCAAGCUGUGGGGACAUAGAGUGUACCAAAUGGACGGUACGACAUGGCUCUUCAACGAUGGGCAAUUCAUCGACCACUACUAUCACUUCGUGGCUGAAUUACUCAUGGGCACUUGGCGAACGUAUUGCAGUCUAGACCCAGAUAUCACCGCGGCGGGAGAAACGUCUCUACCUCCACCGAAACGUAUCUGGUUCCUGCACCAAGCCGUGAAUGAGUGGCGAGAUCGUCCUCGAUUCAAUUCUCUCGUCUUGUUCGCCCUCUUUCCUUCGGUCUCGAUACUCUACCCUGAAGACUUUGCAGACAUGGCCGUCAUGACGGCUUCAACUCGACCCAAGGCUUUCGUCUUCGAACGCGCUCUGUUGGCCGACAGAUCCGCCGCAUUCCGAGGUCAAUGGACAGCGCCUACAUCUAGAACCGUGGCAUCGGCACUUCAAGUGGGCAAAACCUCUCGUUGGUGGUGGGAACCUAUUCGUCGACAGAUAUUGAGGUACUCUGGGGUCUCUGAAGAUGUCAUUGCGCGAAACUUGGAAGGGUACGGAUCCAUCGAUCCGGCCAUGCUCGGUGCCGUCAAUACACAUGGGGUGGCUGUAGGUGAUAGCGGUAUCAAAGCGGGUUUGAGUAUCGGCGCGGGGUUGGACACGGUCGAGCCACUGGCUCCGCCUGGAACGUACACGCCAAUCGUGACGUACAUUUCUCGACAGAAGUCCAGACGACACUUGACACCUGAAUCUCAUGAUAAUCUCGUCAGCGCAUUACAGAGACGAGCGCAAAAGGCAAACUUUGAAUUGAUCAUUGUGGAAGCGGAACACAUGACAAAGGAGGAACAAGUAGCAUUGGCCGCCAGGACCACGAUCAUGCUCGGCGUCCAUGGGAACGGGUUAACUCAUCUCGUCUGGAUGCCGGCGACGCCUCGAAGUGCAGUAAUAGAAAUGUUUUUCAAAGGUGGAUUCGCAAGGGAUUACCAAUGGACAGCCCAUGCGCUCGGUAUCAGGCACUUCGCGUUCCAGCAUGAUCAGUUCUUCACUGCGCCGAAUCUACCUAACGUGGACUAUCCAGAAGGUUUCCAAGGAGAACAAAUCACAGUGGACGGGGAAAAGGUGGCAGAUGUGAUUGAAGCGAGGCUAGCAGGGAGGUUGUGA